GGAUCGCAAGUGCCUCCUGCUGACGUUGGAGAGACUUGGUUGACGUAGAAAGUUUCAGCAGUUUCCAGGGGAGAAUUUGCACUGAAAAUGAGUUGUGUUUGAACAAGAAACAAACAAGCAUUUAUAAGCAGGCAGAAAGCUUGCGCGGUUCGCGUAACGCGGCUGGUGUACUGUGCAACCUCGGAAUUCUGCCAACCGCGGAAUUCUGGCAACCGCGGAAACGGAUUUCGGUAACCGACACCAAGUCCGAAACCGACCCCGAGUUCGGUUCUCCGGAAUUCAGCUGAACGCGCUCCGGGUCUGUGUUGGAGAAUUUUCGUACAGCUUGUUUCUCCCGCUGGUCUUGGCUGGAGUUUCCUGCAAGGCAACAGAAAGCAGAUCUACCGUUUCCCCGCACGCACGCAUCACCUAGAGCAACCUCAAGCACCUUAUUUUCUUAGGUUUUCUUCUACCGAUUUCUUCAAUUUCUUCCUUGCUGAUUUUCCUAGCUCCACCGCUGUUCCGCCACUUCCGCCACUGCAGUUAGGAUUCCCGUUUUUCUUCCCGUCGUCAUUCUUUCCCUUGUCAUCCGCCUUGCUAUUUCAACACCACUUUCCUUGGAACGAGAUGGGCGGUCCUCACACCGUCCUAGCAUCGCCGCAUCCUCGUUAGGCAUAGGAAUAGGACGGUAGGGCAGUGGCGAACCACCCUAACAACCUCCCCUGUGGUUCGCUAGCUGUCCCAUUUGGAUGCUCCCGUGGUCACCAUGUGACCUAAUUUCGUCAUCAUUUCUCGUCCGCGUUCUUCACUCGGGAUUGUGGCCUUCAUUACUGCUCCGCUACUCCCCUGCAAGUUAUUGAAGGUACGAAUACCAACAAGGUCCUUGCAAUGCUCAUGAUUCGCUUUUGGCAGCACCUUAGUAAGGAAGUCCGCGAGCUGCUCUUCUGUCCGUACGUGUACGAACUUGAAUGUCUUUUUCUGCAGCAUCUCUCGCACCCAAUGAUACUUGACGUCCAUGUGUUUUGUUCGUCCGUGCCAGUUGUCGUUCCUUGCAAGGUCGAUGGCUGAUUGGCUGUCCGAUUUGAUUGUUGUAGGACCGUUGAUGUUGAUCCCCAUCUCUUGCAGUAGACGUCUCAGCCACACACCCUCUUGGCAUGCAUAAAAUAGCGCCAUAUAUUCAGCUUCUGCGCUUGAAAGGGCGAUGUCGGUCAGCUUCUUUGCUUGCCACAUGAUGGCCGUUCCUCCAAGAAGGUAGACGUAACCAUAGGCUCCCCUCCUCGUCUCUUUAUCCGAUGCAUGUGAGGCAUCGGCAUAACCAACAAGUUCUAGGGUUUCCUCUCCUCCCUCAAACAGAAGUCCCUCUUCUUCUCGUUGCAAGAGGUAAGCAAUGGUCCGUUCCAUCUCCUUCCAUUUGCGUCCUUCGGGUUGCAACACAUUUUGCCCAAGGAAACUUGCUGCAUAUGCCAUAUCCACGCGUGUGCAGGAGACGGGAUACAUGACGGAGCCCACCAUAGAUUGGUAAGCCUUCAGUGCUCGUUCCUGGCUGCCCCAUGUCUCAAUCUCUGCCUUCACAUCCACUUCUUUGUGUGCAAGGCUGCUGAGAGGUGUUGACACCACUUUUGAUGUGCCGUGCCCUCCAAACUUCUCCCGCAACCUUUGGCAGUAUUUCUUUUGGUAUAGCAGCAACUUCUUCUCCUCCUUAUUCCGCUCCAGAUUCAUCCCAAGGAAGAGAGAUGCUCUUGGGAUCUUCUUCACUUGGAAUACUGCUGCAAGGUGAGCGCACACCUCCUCCACUCUCUCCUCCUUUGCUCCCGCCACUAGGAUGUCAUCGACGUAGAGCAGUAGGAAGACCUUUUCUUCCCCUUCUCCCUUCCAGUAGAACGCUCGGUCACAUUGGCUCUUGACGAAGUCGCCCUUCAUCAGCUGUGCAUCCAUGGUUUGGUACCACUCCCUAGGGCUUUGUUUCAGCCCAUAGAGAGCUUUGAUUAGCUUGCAUUUUCUGUCCGUGCCGUCCUCAAAACCUGGCGGCUGCUCCAUGUAGACAUCUUCCUUCAAGACGCCAUAAAGGUAGGCAUUCUUGAUAUCGAGUUGAACCAUAAAGUACCCACGUGCCGCUACGACUUUCAGCAUCGUCCUUGCUGUGGUCAGCUUGCUCACGGGUGCGUAGGUAUCUGUGUAGUCCUCUCCCUC